AUGGAAAUACUCAAAGAACAACAAGGAUAUAUAGUGAGUCAAAGGAAAUUUACCUUGGAACUAUUGGCUGAGUUUGAUUGCAAAGGGGCUCCUGUUUCAUCUCUUCUUGAUCCAUCUUGCAAAUUGCACGCUGACUCAGAACCACCCAUGGAGGAUCCCACUAUUUAUCGGCGUUUGGUUGGGUUCUUCGAUACCUUAGAUCAGACCCAGGUCAAGGUAUUCUCCUCUCCUCUGCUCCCUCCUUUGAUCUUAUCUGGAUUCUUCAUUACCCUUGGUGGUGCUCCCAUUUCAUGGAAAUCGAAGAAGCAGAUUUCCAUUUCCUUGUCAUCCGCUGAAUCUGAGUAUCGCUCCAUGCGUCGUGUGACUGCUGAAAUCACUUGGCUUGUUCGUCUUCUCGCUGAUUUGUCUGCUCCUCCAACCUUGCCGGUACCUUUGCACUCUGACAGUCAGGCGGCCAUUCAUAUCGCUCGUAAUCCCGUUUUCCAUGAACGGACCAAACAUGUGGAGUUGGAUUGUCAUUUUGUCAGACAGCAAUUUCUUGCUGGUUUGAUAUCUCUUUCUUUUGUUCCUUCCAAGGACCAAGUCGCAGAUCUGUUUACCAAACCUUUAUCCGGUAUUUCUCACACCAAUAUCAUGCGCAAGCUGGGGGUUUUGUCUCUACCCACCAGCUUGAGGGGGGAUGAUGAAGAAAAGAAAACGAUGGCUUCUUCACAUCCAUUUUUUCCUAAGGUUGUUAAUGCUCCAGAAGAAGGACGUGAUCCUGAGGCACAAUUUCAAGCAGGGGAAUGA